AUGAACGUUCAACAUGGCCACAAGAUAUACCUUCAGAACUUGGACGAGGAGGGGCGCAUGGUGCUCGUGAACGAUAAGCCCCUCUCGGGUGACCCUAUGGAGAUCACGCACGGAGACAAGAUCAACUUUGAGAACUGCGUCGUGCUCGUCUACGAAACCGACCCCAACGCCACCCAACCCGAUGACGGAUCGCCGAAUAACGGGCACGGCGGUACGGAACCGUUGGAGGACUCGCUCACUGGCAGUGAGGUCGGGGCUGGCGAGGAAGAGGACGAUGAGGGAGCGGAGGAGGGUCUCGGGGAAGAGGAGGGCGAGAGCGAGGAGGGCGAAGAGGAGGACGCCGAGGGCCGGGAGGAGGAGGAGGACGACGAGGAGGACGAGGAGGGCGAAGAGGAGAGCAUGGAAGACGUGGAGGGCGGCAAACACGACAGCGGCGGCAUGGAGGGCAUCACCGCCGCCGCCGAAGAAGCAGCGGCAGCGGCACAGCUGAGCCGUAAGCGGAAGAGCGACUACCUCCAGAGCGGCGACAUCGAUCCCGAGGCCGAGCCCGAUGCCGACGGCGGCAGCGGCGACAACACCGCCACCGCCGCCAACAACCUGAACGGCCAGCCCCACACCGGUCCCGAUGGACUGAGCGUCGCCCUCAAGCUGCCCCCCACCACCACCACGACCUCCACCACCGAAGAUGCCACCCAGCCCGAGGAGGGGGCGAGCGUGGCAGAGGACAACAGCCGGUUCAGGCACCUCACGCUGGACCGCAUCCUGAGCGAAGGCCUCGUGGGCGAGGGCAGUGUGGGCCAUGUGGAGAUAGUCAAGGAUUCGACCAAUGCGCUGUGCCUCCUGAUGCGCUUCCCGAAUGCCUUGCGGAGCGAGAGGGGCAGGCAGCUCGCCGUUGGCCUUCCCGAUCUCUCGGGCGACCUCGAGGAGGCCCGGAAUGCCGCUCGCCAGCGAGCGGCUCUGCCACACGCGAAGCGGCUGAAGCAGGAGCCUGCGCGUGUGGGCGGAACGGCCAUGCGACCGGGUGCCUCUCGAAUCAGCACCGCCACUCGACCCACCGCGGGCACCCGCACCAUCACCGCCGGUGCGUCGCGCGUCCUCCCUCCGAACAAACGCCUCACCGCCGCCGGCAGCACCAGCAAGAGCAGCCAAGCCACCACGACCGGCAGGACGACCGCCAACUCUGCGGCAGCAGCACUCAAUGCACGCCAGCGGGUCAUUGUGGGGAAGAAAAAGGCAGCAGCGGCAGCUCUCAACGCACACAGAGCCGAGGAGGCGGCCAUCAGCGAGGCCGACCAGGAGGAAGAUGACAACUACGAGGACGAGGGCAACGUCGGGUCGAAGAAGAAGAAGCACAACAACAACAUCAAGCUCAAGCCCAAAAAGAGUGGCGGCAAGAAGCAACACAUCAGCGCCAAGGGAACACUUCUCUGGAGUGCUGAAAAAGUGCUCCGUGAGGAGAAAAAGCCCAUGAAGGCUAGCGAAAUCAUCUCCAAGGGCCGCGAGAAAGAUUCGAAAGGGGCGGCCAAUUCGCUGGUGGGACGUUUCAGCACAUCGAUAAGGCAAGACCCUAACAGCCCUUUCAUACGAGUGGCUUCCGCUACCUAUGGGCUCAAGGAGUACGCACACCUCUCCUCCUACAAGAACUAUGUAGAAACCAGCCCUGAGCAGUAG